AUGUUCUGUAUAUCGGUGUUGUUACCAAUAAUACUGUACUGGAUUUAUUGGAGAUGGAGACACCACAGGAUGUUAAAACUAGCAGCACUAGUACCUGGACCCCCAGCUUUACCAAUUUUGGGAAAUGCAUUAUUUUUCAUGGCAAAAUCGGAAGAACAACUGGAUAAACUAGCAAGAUUAUCUGAAACUUACGGCCAAUACGUAAAGUUUUGGUUAGGACCAGAAUUGAAUAUAUAUGUUAAGAAUCCUACAGAUAUAAGGAAUCUUCUAACAAGUAACAAGGUGAAUUUGAAAGGAUCGGUUUAUAAAUUUAUGUCACCAUAUAUAGGAUGCGGUAUAUUAACUGGAGGACCAUCAUGGAGGCUUUAUAGGAAAGUAGCAACUCCAUCAUACAAUAAAAAGUGUGUAAAAAUAUACAGUGCUGUUUUCAAUACAGAAGCGGAUGAGUUAACCAAAAUUUUAAGUAGCAAAGAUCCGACGGAGACGUUUGAUGUAUACUUCGAUGUACUAAAUUGUACCACACGAUGCGUAUGCCAAACCCUGAUGGGCUUGUCACAGGAAGAUUCUAAAAGUAUAAAGAAUUUACAUGAAGUCAUCACUAAAACGCAAAGUAUGUAUAGCUUAAUAUUUAAAACGAUGACUCGGUGGUGGCUCCACAUACCUGUUAUUUACUGGCUCACAGGGAAUAAGGCAAAAGAAAUAUGUUUCGUAAAAUUGAUCGAUGAAAUGACUGCGGAUAUAUUGCAGAAGAGGAGAAACGCAUUACAGCAUGAAACCGUCCCGGAAGACGCUCAGGGUGUUGUUGAUAGGUUUAUAAUACAAGGUCUUCCUGACGAAGAAAUUAAACGGCAGAUGUUCAGUUUAUUUACCACCAGUCAGGAAGCUUCGGCUAAAAUAACCUCCGCAGUUCUACUAUUUUUAGCUCACCUACCUGAAUGGCAGGAUAAGGUCUACAAGGAAAUACUAGAAGUAAUCGGUUGUCAAGACGAAAAUGUUAGUGAAGAACAGUUGAAAAAACUACAAUAUUUAGACAUGGUAUAUAAGGAAGUGUUGCGGUAUAUGUCUAUAGCAGCUUUAAUACAACGAACCGUCGAAGAAGAGGUUACUAUUAAUGACGGUAAAAUUACUUUACCAGUCGGUACCUCACUGGUUAUUCCGAUUCACGAUUUACACCGCGACCCUCGGUACUGGGAGGAUCCUUACAAAGUUAAACCCGAGAGAUUUCUGCCUGAAAAUAUUAAGAAUCAAGAUCCCAACGCCUUCAUCCCUUUCAGUUUAGGACCUAUGGAUUGCCUGGGUCGAGUAUACGCCACCACACUGAUCAAGACACUAGUUGUGAAAGUAAUUCGAAGAGUACAGCUUGAAGCAGACGGACGACUCGAGGACCUGAAACUUCAAGUUGCUAUAUCCGUGAAGUUCCUUAACGGGUACAAUUUGCGAGCCAGAAAACGAACAAUCAACGGAUGUUCGCAACAUUGCUGA